AUGUCAGACGUGGUCAACGUGCGGGUGAAGGUCACCAACUUGUUGGAUCAGCAGAUCACAGGGAUCAUCCACUCGUUCAACCCGUCGCAAUCUGUUCUAGCAUUAAAGUUGGAUCCUUCCAAGAUCAGGAUCAUCAACACUGCAUUUGUCAAGGCCGUGCAAGUGGUGCCGCCUCACUACAAAAAAUACAACAAUAGUCAUAAAUACUCGCAUCCCCGUCCGUCCAAGGUGGAUCUCCGCAAGCUCGAGGCUGACUUGAACGAGUCGAUUGCCAGGUAUAGGCCUGAGCAGCCCAAGCUGGAAGGCAAGCCCGAGGCCAAGCUGGAGGGCAAGCUGGAAAGCAAACCGGACAAGCCCAAGCCUCUGCAUACGCAAAAGCAGCAUCAGAAAAGACGAGACUCGAGUGCCCACGCCCUCACGAUUUUCAACAACUUGACGGCCAAGUUCGGCAAGGAAAACGUGCAGUGGCUCUCGAACGACUCGAUCAAUGUUUUCAAGGAUGUGGUGAUUGCCAAGCCGUAUACAUUGAACAAGAUGGGCGGCAAGCGGUCGCCGAGGGCCGAGGAGGUCAAGAAUGCAUUGAGGGAGAUCCUCUUGGAUGUCGGGCCCGGCAAGCGGGGUGGUUAA